CUCAAGGCUCUAGACAACGGACUGGGGGAGGGGAACUCAGGCCCGACUGUCAGGGUGUAGACCCUCUUGCUAGCAUCUGCGACCGCUCUGCGAAGUUCAGAGUCCCGACCUCCCGCAAAGUUGUCUAGGAUGUGGUGCCAUAAGUUGUCACACCUACAAAGCAGCCUCCAGAAUUUGGCUAAGGGAAGAGACAUAUGUCAAGCUCUUCAUCUGUCCAACUUUAAAAGCUUAUUUCCGUUAUCCAUCCAUUGGUACCAUACAGCCUCCAAGUCUCUGAAAUGUACUUGGCAUCAACAUGAAGAUCAUUUUGAACUACAAUAUGCUAACACUGUGAUGCGCUUUGAUUACAUCUGGCUUCGAGACCACUGCCGCUCAGCAUCAUGCUAUAAUUCUAAGACUCACCAGAGGAACCUGGAUACUGCCAGUGUAGAUUUAUGUAUCAAGCCAAAGACAAUUCGUCUGGAUGAAAGCACACUCUUUUUCACUUGGCCAGAUGGUCAUGUUACUAGAUAUGAUCUGGAUUGGCUGAUGAAAAAUAGCUAUGAAGAGCAGAAACAAAAGGUUAUCCAGCCUAGAAUAUUAUGGAAUGCUGAAAUCUACCAGCAAGCCCAAGUUCCAGCUGUAGAUUUCCACUGUUUCUUAGAAACCAAUGAGGGACUGAAGAAGUUUCUGCAGAACUUUCUUCUUUAUGGAAUUGCAUUUGUAGAAAAUGUCCCUCCAACUCAAGAGCACACAGAGAAGUUGGCAGAAAGGAUCAGCUUAAUCAGAGAAACCAUCUAUGGAAGGAUGUGGUAUUUCACGUCAGACUUUUCCAGAGGUGACACUGCAUAUACCAAGCUAGCUCUGGAUCGGCAUACUGAUACUACCUACUUUCAGGAGCCCUGUGGUAUUCAAGUAUUUCAUUGCCUUAAGCAUGAAGGAACAGGUGGCAAAACACUAUUGGUAGAUGGAUUCUAUGCAGCACAACAGGUACUUCAAAAGGCUCCUGAAGAAUUUGAACUCCUCAGCAAAGUGCCAUUGAAGCAUGAAUAUAUUGAAAAUAUUGGAGAAUGUCACAACCACAUGAUUGGAGUUGGGCCAGUCUUAAAUAUCUACCCAUGGAAUAAAGAGCUUUAUUUGAUCAGGUACAACAACUAUGACCGAGCUAUCAUCAACACUGUGCCUUAUGAUGUUGUCCACCGUUGGUACACAGCACAUCGUACCCUAACAACUGAAUUGAGAAGACCUGAGAAUGAGCUUUGGGUCAAACUAAAGCCUGGAAAGGUACUAUUUAUAGACAACUGGCGAGUCCUUCAUGGCAGGGAAUCAUUCACUGGCUACCGCCAACUCUGUGGCUGCUAUUUAACAAGAGAUGACAUAUUGAAUACUGCUCGUCUCUUGGGGCUUCAUGCUUAAAAUUGAAAGCUUUGGGAUUAACGAAUACAACUGGCACCAUAGCUACCGGAGUUUUAUAUCAACAGAACAACGUUCUGUCAAAAUUUACUUCACAUCAUCUCAUUAGCCCAUCCCACAAAACAGAAGCUGUUCCUUUCUUUACUAGGGGAAACCUGUUAGAGAAAGGUGGCUCUGAGUUAUCUAAUAUCAGCCAUCUAGUAGGGUAGCUCUCUUCCCAAGUAAUAUCAUUAGCCUACUCUUUCCCUAAGUGUUUUGAUGUAAUUGUGGUUACUAUAUUUAAUAAAUAUACUCUCUAUAUUGAAAGGAAACCAAUAACAGUAGGUAAUUUUUUCUUUUAACCAGAUCAUAAUGCAAUGUGUCCUAGACAUGACAAAAUAUUGAUAAAGCAACAUUUGCAAAUCUUUUCAUCUUUUACAAUCCACAUGACUGGGACUAUAUGGUUAAUUAUAUUUCUGUAUCAUAUCACAUAACCUAAUAUAGUGUCCUGCAGUUCCAUAUAUAUUUCAGCAAAUAAUGAGAUAUUGCUUUUCUUUUUAUGGCUGAAUAGUAUUCCAUUGUGCACAUGUGCCAUAUUUUUCUUACCUAUUGAUGAGAAAUUAGGCAGAUUCUGUAUGUUAGCUACUGUGCAUUGUAUAUCAAUAAACAUGAGAAUAUGGA